GGCACCUGUUGCGUUCAAAGGGAAGCCGGGAGGCCAGUGCUGCUGGUCGCGUGAAACCGUCGCGCGCUUAGUUAACCCAAUACCUCUAAAACUCGAAGUUACAGAGUAACAACAUCCGUAUCGACCCACACAGCUGAAACAAAUGGUGGAGCAGUAGACGAGGGAACGCGUAUCUAUCUGUCUAAAUUAUCUGCCUUUUGAGAAGCACAUGAAUGACUGAUUUUGUUACAGUGUGGUGGGUGUGUGCAGUGAGCCACCUGCUGCAACGUGGAUCAAGCAGGGCGUAGGAAGGAUCAGGUGCAGAAGGGUGUUUGUUGUCAGGUUGGUGUGUGAGAUCAACCAACAGAAUGCGUCUGAGACGUCGUUUCUCCCCCCUAAAGCUUGCAAUUCUGGGCGGCACGCUUUUCAUGGUAAUUCUGGUGGUGAUCCAGAGGGACGUUGGCAGCGGUUCACUUCAGGACCCCUGGUUGCAAGAUCUCUCCAUCAAAAAGGAGAAGGUUUUCGAAAUGGUCCGCGAAGCAGUCAAUAAUUUGGGCUUCCAAAUUAGAGCCCCGCAGCCCCCGUCAGUGGUAAUGCAGCCCACCCCAGACCGAAAUUGCCCCCCUGGCUUCUACACUCAGGCGGAACUCAAACCGUGCAUGGAGAGACCUCCUCUGGACCCUGAGGCCCCGGGAGCCGAUGGCGCAGCCUUCCAGAAGGCCACUAUGUCUACGGAAGAGGAGAAGGAAAAGCAGGAGGGCAUGACCAGGCACUGCUUUAACCAGUUUGCCAGUGACCGAAUCUCCUUGCACCGCAGUCUUGGAGAAGACACCCGUCCGCCCGAGUGUGUCGAGCGAAAGUUUCGCCGCUGUCCUCCUCUUCCCACCACGAGUGUGAUCAUUGUGUUUCAUAACGAGGCAUGGUCAACACUUCUCCGCACCGUGUACAGCGUGCUGCACACCUCCCCGGCAAUCUUCCUUAAAGAAAUCAUAAUGGUGGAUGACGCUAGCACGGCAGAACACCUCCAUGAUAAGCUGGAUCAGUAUGUGAAGUCAUUGAAGAUUGUGAAGGUAGUGCGUCAGCAGGAGAGGAAGGGUCUGAUCACGGCGAGGCUUCUCGGAGCCAGCAAAGCUGAGGGAGAAAUCCUCACCUUCCUGGAUGCUCACUGUGAAUGUUUCCAUGGCUGGCUUGAACCUCUCCUUGCUCGCAUUGUUGAGGAGCCCACUGCUGUGGUGAGCCCUGAAAUCACAACCAUUGAUUUAAACACCUUCCAGUUCCACAAGCCUGUGGCCUCUGCCCGUGCCCAUAACAGAGGAAACUUUGACUGGAGUCUCACAUUUGGCUGGGAGGGCAUUCCAGAUUACGAGAACGCUAAACGCAAGGAUGAGACCUACCCAGUAAAAACUCCAACAUUUGCUGGUGGUUUGUUCUCUAUAUCUAAGGCCUACUUUGAGAAAAUUGGGACCUACGAUGACAAAAUGGAGAUAUGGGGUGGUGAAAAUGUUGAGAUGUCCUUCAGGGUGUGGCAGUGUGGCGGACAGUUGGAGAUAAUCCCCUGCUCUGUCGUGGGUCAUGUGUUCCGUACCAAGAGUCCUCACACCUUUCCCAAAGGUACAGAGGUCAUUACACGUAACCAGGUGCGCUUGGCUGAGGUGUGGAUGGACGACUACAAGCUGAUUUUCUAUCGACGCAGCCAAAGCGCAGCUAAAAUGGCCAAUGAUAAAAAUUUUGGUGAUAUAUCUGAACGUCUGAAACUCAGAGAGAACUUACAAUGCAAGAACUUUUCUUGGUAUCUUACCAAUGUCUACCCAGAAGCCUUUGUCCCUGAUCUUACCCCCACCAAGUUUGGAGCUCUCAAGAAUAUGGGAUCACAGCAAUGUCUGGAUGUAGGAGAAAGUAACAAUGGGGGAAAGGCUGUUAUUAUGUAUAUAUGCCACAACAUGGGCGGUAAUCAGUACUUUGAAUAUACAUCACAUAAAGAGCUGAGGCAUAACAUAGGGAAGCAGCUCUGUCUGCAUGCGUCUCCUUACCCAGAGCCUGUGAAGAUCGAAAUCUGUACACUGAAGGGCAAAGGCAGUACUUUGGCUCCUGAACAAGAGUGGGUGUUCACAGAAGAGCAACUACUGAAGAAUCCGUCCUCUGGAAAGUGCCUCCAUAAGAAGGGAGACAAGAUAUUAAUGAGCCCCUGCAGUCCGACAGACCAUCACCAGCAGUGGGCUUUCAGUUGACCUCACACUCCAACCGAGGAGCAAGGACGUUCACUCCUAUAAGACCAAAGAGGGAGGCCAGCCGCCACAGCUCACUGUAGGCCUGAGCAAAUGCACUGGAUAGUUCAUAUCCAUAAGCUCCCAAAGACAUAGUGAUCAGACUGCGGUCAGGAUGCUCGGGGAAGACAGAGUGGAGAUCAUGGAGCAUUGGAGAGUGAACAUUCCGGCAGCAACAUUGUUUACUUGAUGCAUUUUAUUGCCUGAUUGAUGUUUACUGCUGCUUUUAAUUGGUGUAGGUUUUAUUUAUUUUUAAAGAAAUGGAAAAUGAAAUAUUUUUGGAACAUUGCUAGUGUUAAGGCCAAUGAACGGCCGGCCUUCCCAGCGAUACAUGUGAUGUUUGUGUGAUCCAAAUCAUUUGCACAUGCUGCAGGGGAUGUGGGUUUUGUUCAGCUGUACUAAAUUGUCACAAGGCAGCAUUGGUUUCAGGUCCUUCUCUUGUGUCUUCGAACUUAAAGCCGUCCGUAUGUGAAGGAGCAUCAUGUGACUUGUAUUACUUGGUU